GAUGACCACAAGCUCGGGAUUUGAUCGUUUUCUCCUCAUGAAGUUUCAAGCGGAAUUGCAGGCGGAUCAGUUGAAAGCCUUCGCGUGUAGCUUGGAUGCUUUGGCAGGCUUUGGCGAAGAGUUGCAUAUAGAAGCUAAAAAGUCACAGUUUAUACUGUGGAGUCUUAAUAUGUCACUGACGGCGCAAGCUAUUAUACGUAUCUCUCCUCGCUUCUUUGAAAAGUAUCAACUUAAACGCCCUGUGAUUAUCGGACCCGAUAAUACCCGUUCGAAAAGCUCGAGUUUGACAUGUCGAGUUCACCUUAAAACAUUGCGUAGCAUAUUCAAGAAGAAUCAAAACAUUAUUAAUUCCCUUGAAAAAUGUGAAUUGAGUUUAAUCGAUGAAGAAGGAAGCAGUACGGAUCAUCGUCUUCACGUAAGGCUGAUCUCCAAAAACGGUGUUACGAAAACGCAUUCGCUAUGGUACGGCGAUACGGAACCUACGCGACCUCUCUAUAACAAGGAUACCUCUUUUUAUUUUUCGGUGGAGCCUGGCCUGCUGACCGAUUUUCUCUGCUAUUUCGAUCCCAAAGUCUUUGAUCUCGCGCUCGAAUGUACAGCCAAUGCGACCAAAGUGAAAUCCUACUGGGCCGAAUCGAGCUCAGCAUUGUCUGAUGAACGUCCCAUGCACAGUGAAUUUAGCAUUCAAAGCACCGAUUUUAUGGAGUACCGUAUCCCAAGUCCGGUUAGCAUUAUUUUUAAUAUGAAAGAGUUCAAGACGGUGUUGUCUUAUGCCGAGGAUAUUCAUUGUCAGUUAUCAGCAUCAUUUGAUGGUCCUGGCAGAGCUGUUAUUUUUUCUGCUAAACAAGCGGACAAUAUGUUGGCUGAUUUCGCAGUAAUGACGCACGCCAACGACCAAAUGCUGUCCGACCUUCAUAGAACAUCACAACCGCCAGGUACGUCGGUACAAUCCGUAUCGACCACACAACGUAGUCGUUCGUCUUGUGGACCACCGCAACAAGGUAUUCGCCGGACAUCGUCUUCCAGUGCCCAACGUCAGGCAAUUGCGCACUCCUCCCCUCAAGGUCAUUAUGAAAAUGCGCGUAGUGCUGCAUUUACUGAAGCUCAUGAUCUACAACCAGUCAUGGGUGAACCGGGCUCUCGUGUGAGUGAAUAUUCUUUGACGGACAAUAUGGAGGAAGAACCGCUUUUCCUUCAUGAACAACCACGAACACCGGUGCGUAAUACAACGACGGCUGGACCCGCUUCGCGUCGCCACCCACCAUCCGUCGGCGGCUUGAACCAAUUACCGGUUGGAAUAAAUGCAGGGCAAACACUACGCAACUCUAGUCCUCCCUUGGAAAUGCUGGGACCAUCGUCGCAUGGCCCCAUCUCUAGCGACAAUAACCAAUUGUUCGCUUUUGGAUCUCCGCGUCAUGCUACUCAAGAAAGAGUAUCCCGAUCGGUUGCACCAAACCAUGCGCUGCAACAGCCUACCCACCGUUCAAGACGUCACGAAGGAAGCAAUAUUGUGCUAGCAGACAGUGACGCUUCCACCGAUGAUGACUUGGAUCAACCAAAUAACAAGCGAGGACGCUUUUUCCACGCGCAUUCAUGACGCCAAAGGCUUGUAAAUAGAAACCAAAACUUUUGACUCUUUGUAAACAAAAUUAUACCACGAUCUCUCACAGCAACACCAUCAUUCAUCCUCAUCAUCUUUCUGUCAUAUGCUUUUUCCUUCAAUACAGCUAACCAUCACGAUGUUGCUUGGCCCACUCGAAGCAGAAAAUAUAUCGAUUGUGAAAAUACUCGAAUGAGAG